CACGUGAAAGGGAGGGAGAGCGCUUCAUUAAACUGUUCCCAGGAGUGGCGGGCCCCACCCUCCACUUCCCAAGUCCACAGUCCAGUAGUCCGCUCCACCCUGCCUCGCCGCCGUUGAGCUAGAGCUUCUUCUCCCUCACCGCCGCCGCCCCGGGCCCCGGCUGCCGCCCGUUUCCAUGGAGGGGGGUGGCACUGGAGGCAGCCCGCUGGCCCAACCACCUCCCGCCAAGGACGUCGACGAGGCGGCACUGGCGCUCACCAAGCGCGCGCGCAAGAGGAGCAGGUACCUCUCCCCUCCCUACACCGACAGAGAUGUCCAGGAGGAGGAGGUCGCCGGGGAGGAGCCGCCGCCAAAUGUCCCCGCCGCGGAGGCGCUGUCCGCUGUCCUAGCCGCCGCGCCUCGGCACGGGCAGGGGGUGGAUCCGGCGGCCCUCCGCUUCCUGGCCCUGUACAGGAGAAACAGGAACAGCUGGGCCACCACCGGGACCUUCGACACUCACCCCGGUUGCCGUGCCGCCGCCCCCGGCGGUGGUAGCACCAAGCCCCCAUCACCUGCUGCUGCUGAUGGCGGCCACACGAUGGUCAACCUCAGUGCAGGCCCUGCCAUUAGGCCUGGUGAUGGAUCCCCAGCCCCAGCCCCAGCCCCAGCCAAGACGAAGAAGAAUCUCCAAGCUCCUCCUGCUGAUGGACACAUUUGGGCACACAAAUCGGCCGGUUUCGCAGCCAAUGCAGCAAAUGGUCUCGCUAAUCCUGCUCCCCCAGCGAAGAAGAAGAAGUACAAGAAACGGAUGAGGAGCGCCGGGCACGAGCAGCAGCACUUGGGGAACCCCGUGGCACUCGUCCUCGACUUCGCAGCGGGGGCUCCUCUGCCCUCCAAGGAGGACCUCGUCUCCACGUUCCGCAGGUUCGGCUCCGUGAUCGACUCCGAGACCGCCGUUGCCCAAGACAAGCACAGCGCGCGCGUGGCGUUCGCCACCAGGGCUGAGGCGGAGGCCGCCUUGAGCUGCGCAUUCGCAGGAGCUCUCGGCGCGCUCGUGCCUCCAUGUGCGGUGCCAAGCCUCCAGGAUCUCCCUCCCACCAUCCGCGGCGCGCCGCCGCCCGUCCCGAAGCUCCCGCUCACGGACAUCAGGAGCAACCUUGAGAGGAUGAUCGCGUCCUUGAACCGCCGGUCCUCGCCGUUCAAGGCCACGGGCAACCUUGUGGGAGAAAUGCAAGGUCUUCUGGCCAAGGUUGACAAGAUGCUGCAGGGUAGGGGUAGUUCUGCUACCGCUCUUCACCAUUAGGCUCAGCUCGGCAAGUCAGCACCCGGCACUCCAGCUCCAGCAGCAUGUACGGUUACCGUGCUCGGUUCUGGGACUGACCCCUGUUCUUUCUAGCAGCUGAUCAUCAGAUUCCAGUCUUCUGUAGUUGUAGCGUAGAUCCUGAGAUCCAUUUCAGCAGCGGUAAUCCUAGUUGUCAUCUCAUUUUGUCGUGUAAAUGGUAGACCUGCUGCAUGCAUCGCUGCUCCAUUUAGUGGUAAUUUGUACUAGACUCUGCUAUAUAAUAUAUAUUUUUAUCAUCCAUUUUCAGGGUAAUAUCCCUAAUCCCUUUGUUUUUAAAAUAUUGUACUGGUGCAGUUCAUUAGCCUGCAGCUGCAAUCCUAGUUCCCAUCUAGUCCAAAAUUGAAGAAAAGAAUCGAAUAAGCACGUGUUUUUUCGUUUAAAGAAAAGAAUAAGCAUGCAUUUGGGAACCUUUUAGCAGGCUGACGGUAAUUAUCAAGCAAUUGGAUCCUUCCGUGCAAAUUCCCACUGAAAUGGGAUGGGUAUGCCUUUUUUUUCUUUGAAAAAGCCUAUAAGAUGAUGCAUGCACAACAGAAAUGCCCAACUGAAUCUAGAUGAUGCGUGCAGGACAGGGGUCUGAGGAUAGCAUGAACAGACAAUGACGAGUGUGGUUUUCCCAGCCGUGCCGGCCCGGGCAGGCAAGCUCUCCACCGUUGAUCCUGCUUCAAAAUUGGUGCGCCUUGAUUCUUCGAUCGAAGCUGGUCCCACCAGCACCAGGCUUCCAACCUGUUCCCGCCUCGCAAUGCCUCGGCAUGCAAAAUGUGGAGGAGAGAGACGCCAGGCACGGAGCGAGGCAAAGUUGGUGGGAUCCAUUUCUGUGUCUGGGUUCUCCUUCGAGGUAGUACCGCAUCUGUUGGGCUAGAGCGCUUUCUUCCUCACGAGCUCAACCAUGGAGUCGGCUUCCUCUUCCUAGAUCCGGUUUUUGACCAACACCUAUGUCUGCUAGAGAGGAGCGGUAAGCUUCAAGAGAGGAGGAGAGCAAUGGGGUAGAGCCCCCCGAUGAUCCAAUUUCAGUCGACGGUACAGAAACAGCAAUGGGAUUACUUUCGAUUGAACAGGCGGCCGUUCUUAACUGCUUCUCAUUCAUGCUCCAAUCACACUUCAACCUCCAGAUGGAAAAUAAAAAUGGUGCCGCAGUGACAUUCCAGGAUAUGGUAAUGACAUCCAGCAAAGGGGGUGCUGCACUAUGCGGGUGAUGACUUGAAAGGAAAAAAAUGUUACUAGCCGUGUUGGACAAGAUCAGAGCUCCAAUGAUUCAGGAGUUCAUCUGGAUGUAGCAAGUUGCCCUGUGGAGCAUAACUCACUUGUGGAAGCUGCUUCUUCCUCAUUUUGAUUCUAGGAGUAAAGGUACUCAAAAGCUCUGCAGUUGAACCCACACAACCAUCUUCUGGUCCAGUUGUGCUUAACCCCAUGGUGCCAUUUUGGCCUGUCCCCCCUCCGAUGGGUGGUCCAGCAACUACUCUGAAUAUGGGAGUGGAUUACUGGGGUGCUCCUGCAUCUGUACCUGUGCAUGGUAAAGUUAUUGCAGCGCCAGCAUCAGCUCCUUCAUCAAAUUCGCGUGAUAUUGUUCUCAGUGAUCCAGCUAUAUAGUAUAUAUACAGGAUGAGCGAGAAUUGAAGAAACAAAAUAAAGUGGAAGCAAUCAAAUAGGGAAUCAGCUCGCCGCUCAAGAUUGCGCAAACAGGUCUGUAAUGUCUGCAGCAUUUCACUUGACUCCGUGGAUAUUAUUGCUUAGAAUAUCUUGUAGAUGGUUUGCAUUUCUGCCAACUGCUUAUCUUGGAGCAAGAGCAAUCAGCUUGUUAGUGAUAGAUCUAAGUUAAGGGGAAGGUACCUCAGGAUUUUUCGCCACCAUAAAACACAAUUGGUUGUACAUAUAAGAUUUUUACCUAUUCUCCUGUAUAAGGCCGUGAAAUAUAUUGGAUCAUGACAUUAUGUGUGCAGUUGCUGUAGAAUUAUGGACAAUAUGAACUCUACCUAUAUCUAACCUAAGCCACUGUAAAUUAGGAUAUGGUUAAACCUAAUUUCAGUAGAUGAUGAGAAUAAUGGCCAAAUAUGUAAAUAUGCAUGACCAUGAGCAUGAAUAUGUUCCUGCGCAAUUUUCUAGGAAUCAAGAAUAGUGAUGGUGUCUUUCACAGACGACAACCAACAUUUUAACUGAAUAAGUAUGAGAACAAUAUAUUUAUGCUCAGAAGAUGAUGGUUGUUGAACCAGGAUCUUAGGAUGCAGAUAGCAUCCUAGGAAUAAUAGAUUGUAAUUUUUCAUCUAUUUUUUUUAUAAGGCCAAAGAAAAUUUUCUGGAGGCACAUUGUCAACGGCUGCAUAUUUGUUUCUGAGCUCAUGCACAUAACUGAUAGCACGAGCAACAUAUUUGUUUGGUUAUUUCUAGCUGUAAUGCAUAGAAAGGGUAGAUGUUGCCACCUUCAUGGUCAAUUCAUAUAAAGUCGUGUUCUUUGGUUCUAAUGGUAAUUCAGGAUUUAUAGUAUUUUAAGUGUUUUUAUUUGCUAUUGAGGGUAGUCUGAUUUAAAUGUAGUAUACCCAAUGCCAACUGCAUCUCUGUUACUACUAUGAAUAUGUGAAACUGCUGGGGUUAUACUUAGUUAUGCCAGGGAUGGACGUGCAAUAAAAAAAUCAAAUUGGAACUAUGGCAUUAGCUUAGUAUAACUUUUAGUUGUUUUCCCUUUGAUGUAUUAUAUAUUUGGAUGGCUUACUACAGGCUGAAUGGGAGGAAGUAGCCAACCGUGCAGAUUUACUAAAGCAGGAAAACAGUUCACUCAAAGAAGAAUUGAAGCAACUUCAGGAGAAAUGUGAUAGCUUGACCUCAGAAAAUACAUCUCUACAUGUAAGCUUUAUCUCCAGAAUGAUAGUGAUUUAAGUCAUAACAACAUGGAGCCUGAAUGCCAGGUGAAUGCGACUAAUCUACUGUAGUUCACUCAACAAUCAUGAACAACACAAUGAUAGUGAUUUAAGUCAUAACAACAUGGAGCCUGAUCUCGAAACAUUUGAAGAAUCCUCUGUUAAAGUGGUCCAUAGCCACUCCAAUUUCAAUCUACAUCCAGAUGAUUUAGGUUUCUACCAUUAACUCUACUGUUAAAGUGGUCCAUAAGAACAAGGAGCUUGUUCUGUUAAAGUGGUCCAUAACAACAUGGAGCUUUUUCUGUUAAAGUGGUCCGUAACAACAUGGAGCUUUUUCUAGUUAAUUAUUAACCCACUGAAUCCUAUUACCUUGUGAAACUUAAUUCAGGAACAACUCAAGUUUAUUCGCCACACACUAUGCUCGUGCAUUUGAUGGCAACCAACUUCUAUGGCAAUUUAAGAUGGUAACCAUUAAAUUAAACAACAAUCAUUGUUGCAUUCCUUUCAGAUUCGGAUGUAUUCUCACCAUUUAAUCUUGCUUACACAGGCUGAAAUGGAGAAAAUCAUGCAGAGCUACUGUACCAGACUUGCUGAUUGACAUCCUGGACAUUUGAGAUGAUGUCACAGCAGACCAUUCACAGUGUCUAUUUGUUUUGCUUUGUUUUUGGUGGGAAGCAAGUGACAUUGUUUACGUCUGUUCUUUUGUUCACCAUUCAAGUUAGGUUACAAUUGGUCUGUUAUAUUGAACACUGUCUAAGUGUCACCAACUGUGCUUGAACCAUUGUAUUGUUCCUAGCUGUUUCAGACCAGCUUGGUUAAAUGAUUUGGUUACCGAA